AUGGAGGAAGUUGGUAACAGGUACUUUACCAUUUUGUUGGAUAGCAACUUGUUUCAAGAUGCAAAGAAGGAUGCUUAUGGGAAUGUUUUGUACUGCAAAAUGCAUGAUCUUGUGCAUGAUAUGGCACAAUCCAUUUCUGAAUGUAAAACUUUAAGGUUGAAAGAGUCAACAGAAGCUGAUUUUCAUGACAAGAGUUUUCGGUAUCUUGCAAUUGAGAGAAGUGAAGAAGAAAUACUACCAUUUCCACAGAAGGAGAGUUUCAGGUACAUAACAACAUUAUUUUUACUGGAGAACAGAUCAAUUGAUGAUGGUUUGAUCAUCUUUUUGGCUUGCUUGCGAGUGCUAAACAUAGCUUCAUCAGAUGCGAAGGAGCUUCCUAAAUCAAUUGGCAAGUUGUCUCAUUUAAGGUAUCUCGAUUCAUCAAAUACUCCAAUGGAAACUUUGCCGGACUCUCUUUGCAAACUUUACAAUCUACAGACGUUAAGACUUCGAAAUUGUGAAUCAUUGACAAAGUUUCCAAACAAUUUCAAGAAUUUGGUGAAUCUGAGGCACUUUGACUUUUUCCACAAGGAUAAAUCAAGUGAUCUAAUGCCUCUUGAAAUCGGACAAUUGCGUUCUCUCCAAACAUUGCCAUUUUUAAAUAUUGGUAAAGAGGCCGGUCGACAAAUUGGACAAUUGGGGAGUUUAAAGAAUCUCAGUGGAAGUUUUGAAAUACGAAAUCUGCAAUUGGUGACUAGUAUGGAAGAAGCCAAGUCUGCGAAACUGAUUGACAAGCCAAACAUUGAUGAGUUGAAAUUAUUGUGGAAUAAAAUAGAAAAUCCGAGAGAGAAUGACAGUGAAUGUAAUCAAGUGUUGGAAGGCUUGCAUCCUCACCAAAAUUUGAAGUGUUUGAUAAUUGAAAGAUUUUUUGGUGAUAAACUUUCUACAUGGAUUGGAGAACUUGGGAGAUUGGUGAAAUUUAAAUUGCAAAAUUGCAAAAACUGCAAAGAGUUACCAACUCUUGGACACAUGCCCUUCCUCAGAUCUCUUCACUUGGAAGGACUUGAUAGCAUAACAAGCAUAGGCCCUUCUUUUUAUGGCAGAUCAGGUGUGCAUAGUGGCAGUACCAGUCAAAGGCCCCUAAACUUGUUUCCAGCACUUGAAGAUCUCAUUCUAGAAAAUAUGCAAAAUUUGAGGGAAUGGACGGAAGCAACAGUUCAUGAUGGGACAGUGGUAGUGUUUCCGGUCCUUCAUACGGUAAGGAUUACUGAUUGCCCUCAAUUAGCCACUUUUCCAAGUCAUUUUCCACAUCUUAAGGAAUUGAACAUCGAGAAAAUCCAAAAUGGAUCAGCAUUAAUAACACAUAUUUGUAGUGGAGUCAGCACUCUCACUAGACUUUCUAUUGAGAGUGUGACUGGACUCACCAAAUUACCAAAUAUGUUAUUCCAAAAUAAUCCCAAGCUUGCAGAUCUCGAAUUAAGAGAUUGUGAAGAUUUGGCCCAAUUCUUGGAUUUUUCAUUUGAUGUUCCUCAAACUUCAAAAGGACCAAAUUACCAAUCAGUAGCUGAGCACACUUGUAUCGACAAUAAUGCUCCUCAACAUUUGGUUGGCCUUGAUUCCCUAGAGUCAAUUUCAAUCCCCAAGGGAAGAAAAUACCUCACUGCCUUGCGACAUUUAUGGAUUGUGGCCUGCAAUGGGUUGACCCACUUGUCCAUCCCCCAAAUAUCUGAGUCAGAGUGGGAUUCCACUUCUUCACCCUUCUCCUCCUCCAGUAAUUGUCCUUCUCCUCUUUCUCUUGAGAGACUGGAAAUAUUCUUUUGCCCCAAUCUUAUCUCCUUUCCAAUUGAUUUAACUCGAACACCUUCUCUCUCUUCCCUGGACAUAUCAGACUGUAAGAAAUUAACUGACUUGCCCAAGGGGAAGCUUUGUUCUCUUACAAGGUUGAGAUACUUAUACAUCGGACCAUUCUCAGAAACCACCACAGAGUUGCAUUCCUUCCUCGACCUCUUUGAUGCUCUCCCACCACCGCACCCCUACUUCCCCUCCCUUUCAAUGUUACAUCUGCAUGGAUGGCCUCAUUGGGAAUCUCUGCCCGAGCAACUUCAGCACCUCUCUGCCCUGACAGAACUUUGGCUAUAUGGUUUUGGAGUAAAAUCAUUGCCCGAUUGGUUUGGAAAGCUUUACUCACUUGAAGAACUCUAUCUCUGUGGACAGCAGCAGCAGCAGCAGUAUCGACCCUAA